ACAAAAAGUAAUAAUAAUAAAGCUGGGGAAUCAACUUUAUGAGUUCAGAUACAGAUGUCAACAAAACUGCCUCUCUGCCUGUGGAAGAACAGCCUUAUCCACCUGAUGGCCCCCUUCCUGGCUCAGUCAGUGACCAAGAAAAGAAAGUAAGAUUAUCUCCAGCCAAAAUGUCAACUAAGAACUCUACAGAUCUAGUUGAAUAUGUUGACAAGGGCUGCCCCUUUCUUCCUGCCAUGCCAAGCAACCAAACAAGUCAGCUAGAAGACAGGCUGAACAACCAGGAGCGCACCAUAGCCUUCCUCCUUGAGCAAGCCUUUCGCAUCAAGGAAGACAUCUCUGCUUGCCUCCAAGGAAGCCAGGGCUAUCGAAAAGAAGAAUCUCUUGCCAGGAAGUUACUAGAAAGUCACAUACAGACCAUCACCAGCAUCGUCAAGAAACUCAACCAAAACAUUGAGCUCCUAGAAGACCAAAUAAGAAUCCGAGACCAGGCAGCCACAGGAACGAACUUUGCAGUGCAGGAUCUAAACAUCAAACACAUGCAAGGAGUUGGAGACCUUCGGGGAAGAGUAGCCAGAUGUGAUUCAAGCAUUGUGAAGCUUUCUGGAGACAUCCAGUUCAUCAGGCACGAGUGCCGACAGAUUGAGAAAUCAGUUCAAGAACUUGUUUCUGCCCUAGAAACCAUUUCCAAGAACUUGGAUGUGAAGGUAAUGCAGCUCUUAGGAAAGAUAGAGGCCUCUACCUCUGAGCACACCUCAAAUUUAAAGAUGGUUCAAGGAGAUUAUCAACAUGAAAUGAACCUCUUGGAAUUCAAAUUUACCUCACUUUCUAAAAAUAUAUAUGAAGAAGUUGAAACCAAUCAAAAAUGGACAGAAAACCAGUUUAUCAAGUAUAGAAAAGACCACCUGAGCCACAUGAAUGAAUGUCUGAAGGUUGUACAGGAAAAGCUGGAAAAGUCUGAGAAUAAGAUGGAAGAAAAAAUACUGCAACUUUCAAGCAAGUUGGAGAAUUUUAUUAACUCCCAGAAACAGGAAGCAGAAGUAAACAAAGUGAAGGCCAUCGAAUAUAAUAAAAUGUCCAAGAAAAUGAGCCAAAUAGAGAAGCGGAUCUGGGAAGAGCUAGAGAAAAUGCAAAAUGACUACCAAUCAGGAUUUAAAUCAAUCCACGACUCCCUCAAUUCUCUCCAACAAAUACAGAAAACAAAAAUGGAUUUAGAGAAACAUAAAGUUCAGAAAGACCUAAAGAAAUUACAGCGUAAAAUAGUGGAACUCCAAGAAGUGUAA